UGAGUUCAUCAUUCGUUGCAUCAUGAUAAGUUCAUAACCAUUCAUUCCAUUUCAAUUCACAAUGUAAAACGUUUACCCUUUACUAUUUAUCCCGUCUAUCAAUUAUUUGCUUCUUCUCCAAUGGAAGAAAAUCAUCGUUCUCGCAAGCGCAGACACACUCGUGAGCAUGGAAGUGGACAUGUAGACUCGCGAAAACACCACAAGCAUUAUAAGCACCAGAGCGCAAGUCCAAGACAUGAUCGAUUUCAUUCUCCAAAAAGACCCGCGGAACAAAGACCACCACUCGCAAUUAAAGAUCAAAAUGAACUAUCUGCGGACAGAGGUUAUGUUACCAACUGGCUUGCGCAGAUUCAAAAUGAAGACGGUGUUGAUACACCAAAACAAUUGAAUACUGGAAUGGCCUCAGGUCGCCCACAGAAGAGUUCAGGGUAUUUGAGUUAUGAUCAUACAGCACAUAGACCUGUAGAGAGUAGAAAGGCCACAGAUUCAAGGCCGAAGUCUCAUGAAGAGCACGCAUCAUCUGAUAGUUCUUUACUCGAAGCUUCAAAGAUGCCAGUGGUAGAUGAACAAAGUAGGAUUCCUCAAAGGUCAAACGCUGCUAACCAUGGCCAUGUCGAGGACACAAGUCGAUCUCACAACCACCAAAGAAAUGCGCCAUCAACUAUAACAUCCAUUUCUUCAAGAUUUUCUGUGGUGCAGCCAAAAAAGAAAUGUUUGAGAAAAGAGCGCGCCAUAAGACAAGAGAGGAUCGAGGGAGCUGUCGACAGGCCAAUUAGACCAAGGCGCGAGAAGAGAGGAGAUCGAAAAAGAGCUGCAAAGAAAGCGAGUCAGGAUCUUAUGAGUAAUUUCGCAUCGAACAAGAUAGGCCAAAAUCGUUUGACAGUGCGCCCUUCCAAUGGCCCGGGUAUUUUUCAGAAUGGCAGAGCUUCGUCUCCACCGAUACGACGAGGACUACCCGACCUCGCUUUCUCGGAAAUGGAAUUCCUUCAACGCUCUGGCAAGAAGUCGCAGAUCAAUGAUCCUAUUGUGGUUCCUAAAAGUCGUGCCAAGGAAAACAAAAAGGCUGCGCGAGCGCAAGAUGAGAUAGCAGAAUUCUUUAAACCAUCUAAGACCCCAAUAAGGAACCAUAGUCCCACUAUCGACCAUCUCACUUCUCCAACUUCAAUAUUUGAAGUCUCUCUAUAUGAGAGACAACUGAGGAAAGAUCGAGAGGAUGAUCGAUAUCGGUACUACACAGAAGAUUUGGCGGCUCGUAUUGAUGAGAAAAGAACUCAUUUGAUGGAUUCUAACAAUCAGCAAGUACAGCCCAAUGAUGUGCAGUUCUCCGAGAAGCCCACUCCCAAACUUCACUCCGAGGAGAUCAGCAGUCGCAAGGUGCUUUCCAAAACCACAGGUACCAUUGUGACAUGGUCAGAGUCCCAGUAUUCUCCUGGUGCUACUACGGCCUCACGUCGAGCAAGAGAACAAUGUUGUCAGAGGCAAAUGAGUGCGACGCCGGACUCGAUAAGAAAUUCUAUCGAACUAACGGGUAUAUUCAAGGAUACAGGUAUUGAGAGUUCAGUUCGACGAAAGUCGAACAUUCAAGAGCUUGUAAAUGAAGAAGUACAUAGGGCAGGAGGAAAAGACAUCAUAUCUACCAUAGGCAGUCUAGUUGAGACGAGCAGAGAGUUUUCUAGCCUGGGCACAGAUUCUGCUAUCAAUUCCUAUGAGAUUGGUCGAUCUCCAAGUUUCCAGCAACCAGAGUGUUUGCCUCAACUUCUGCCGCAUAUGCAAAAGAAUAAAGAGGAACCCUUGUCAAAAGAGAGCAAGCCCGUUGCAGUGGGGGUUCGCGACAAGGGACUUCGUAGAAUUGUUGGUGAGUAUUAUGAUCCAGAUCGUGGCUGGUAUCGGGGGGAAGAAUCUGAGCCACCCCCAAAAUCACCAGAACAUCAUUCGAAGCAAACGACUGUACUUACGGCAACACCACUUACCCGACAACAAAUGGCAAGCAAUGCCAAAAUUAGACGCCCAUCAACCACCCUUCCAGUAAUCCGGGAAGCUAGCGACGAAAGUCGAGAAAAAUCCCUUUCGUCAAUGUCUAUCAUCUCUCGAAAAGGAAUACAGCGAACAGAAUCUGCUCCUGUCCAGCCAUCAGGAGAGGAGGGAGAUAUGAGCAGGAAUACAUCGCCUACUAAUGACAGGGAGAGACUAGCGAAUGUCAUAGUUGAGCCACAAGUAUCCGAACAGACGAACUCCCAAUUCCAGCAUGAUCAACAGAUUCGAUCUAGUAGACGAGGAGAAAUCCCCAGUGAUAUCGGCAUAAAUCCGAUUUCCCUGGUAGAUGAAGAGGGGGAGCAGACCCACGAGGUGAGAACGGCAAAUCCGAACAGCAGAAUAUUUACACCUUUGAAAACUGCUUCACACAUCAAGCCAAGCAGUGAUCAUUUGCAACUCUCAACUCAGUCUCUGCCCAGAGGAGAACACGAAAGUUAUCAUGGCCUGUCAAGGCAUCAUUUUUCAUCUACCCUGCGUUCACCCCAGAUUCGAGUUCCGUCACUUUAUGUUCAUCAAAUGGAACUGGAGCAGGAGAAAGAUCAGAUUACGAAUGGUCUGUCGAAUGAAAAGCUUGAAGAAUAUGGAUUCUACGAGGGGCAAGAACCUCACUUUGGCAUGGAAGCGUAUGAAGAAAACUGGGACGAUCUAGAGACGGAACAGGGAAUGUCUUACGGUGUGGAAGACGUCCUUGAGAGUCGCCGUUAUAUGGGUAAUCUCCGUGAGCUUGGGCCUCAAGAAGCAAACAUGUACCAGGAUUCAAUGUCAAGAUACGAGAUGGCCGGACUUCGCUACGAUAUCGAUCUUCGAACCAACGACUACCAAUAUCAAGAUGUUCGAGGGGCAGAAUAUAACCCUUGGGGUAGUGACAAUCAUUUCGUUCAGGAACCUUGGGUUGAGAAUCGGCAAGAUUUGCAACAACAACAUGAAAUUGAGGACCAUGGUGAUCAAUUAGUUCGACCUUCGUUUCCUUCAUACCGGGAACUAGAUGAAGGCCACGACGGGAAUGCUUCGGAGACUAUCUUAAUGCAGAGAUUUUGGCGACCAAAUCCUCAAUACUGA